AUGGCAGUUUAUAUUGAGACAGAAGAGUCAAAGCUAGAUUUUAAUAAUUCGAAUACAGAAAUAGACACUGCUUUACAAAGCCGUGAUAUCAAAGAUUUAAUUGAGGAGUAUUCUUCUGUUGAACACUUACAGUAUAUUUUAUAUAAAUAUGCAUCUUAUCUUGAUGAAGACAUUCUUCUUAGAUUAUUAAAACACAGAGACACAUACAUUUCUUAUAAGUCUUUUAGUUUAUUAACAGAACUGUAUAAGAAGUGUAAACAUAAAAAAGAAUAUAUUAUAUUUUUUAACUACAUGAUAAUGGAAGAUUCUACUUAUGAAGAAAAGAAUCAACUUCUAAGUUUAUUUGUUACUUUUAUUUCUUGUAAAUCUGUAAAAACAUUCAAUCUUGAAGAUCGUAAAUUAGAAGUAAUAAACGAUGAAAGACUUAUUAGUAAUUUACAGAAGUUAAUUACAGUUAGAGAAUUGCAGUAUAAUAUUUUAUUAUUUCUGUAUGUGUAUUCCUUUUCAGAAUGUUAUGUUGAAAAGGUGUGUACAUUUCUUAAAUUAUUGAUUUUUAUAUUAAAAGACAGGAGUAGAGAGAAAAUAUUAAGAAUAUGUUAUUUUAUUUUAGUUAAUAUUCUUAACUCUGCUUGUAAACUUAGUAUUAAUCAAAUUUAUGAAUUGAGAAAAAUAACAAAUAAUUUAUGCGAGUCAAAUAUCAGCGAUGAGGCGCUAACAGAAAGUUUGAAAAAUGCGCAUAAAAUUUUAGAAAAAAAACAUAACGAGUACACUAUAGAAAAUUAUGUUACAGAUUUAUUUAAAGGGAUUCUAGAAGACCAUGAUUAUCACUAUGAUGAAGUAUUUUGGUCUUCUGGCUAUCCACGUAUCUCUAAAAAUAUAGUAGACAUUAUAAAAUUACUUAAAAAAUAUUUAAAAUCUCAUAACAGUAGUUGGAUCUGUUUAGCUUGUAAUGAUAUUUACAUGCUUGUAAAAUCUAAUCCACAGGUUCAUAAUCUUAUAUCUAAGCAUAAAGUUAGAGAUGUCUUGUACGAAUUAACAAAAAGUGAAAAUGAUGAAAUACGCUUUAAAGCCAUACAAGCACUUUAUGCUUCUAUUUUUAGUGAGUGGAAUUAA